GCUCUCGCUGCGGCUGCCGCUGCUCUCGCUGUCGCGGCUCUCUCUGCCGCACACGGCGGGCGGCACAGGCGGUAGCGCCGCUCCCAGCGGGCGGCAGGGCGGGCGCGGAGCCCCCAGCCCCGCCAUGGAGAAGCAGCCCGGCGGCGAGGACGAGUGCGUGGACUCGGGAGCGGAGACAGGCGGGUCUGAGUAUAGCCGAAUGUCCUCUACCAGCAGUGAACUUUCUGUGGAAGGCAUACAAGACCCAUUCCUUGUUAGUGUACAUAUUAUUACAGACCCAGGUGAAUCCAUGACUCUUCAGCAGGCCAUUGAUAAGCUUCUAGCCUGGAUCCAUCCAGACCUCCAGCUGUUUCGGGUCUCAGAAAGACGAGUGCCCAGGAAGCGCAGGAAGCCGGUCAAGGCUGGUGUUUCUCAGCCAGCCCUUGCUGUCAUUCUGUUCCUGCAGGAGGAGUAUGGAGAAGAACCCAUCUUGCAGCUCCAUGAAACUUUUCAGCGGCCACCUUGGCAUUACCACCACACAGAGCUACUGCAUGGGAAAUUCCUCCCUUACAUGCCAUGCAGCCAAGACUUUUACACUUUGGCUCCGGAGACUCCUCUGUGGGCCAUUCGCCCAGUGCACUACGGGAAGGAAAUGAUCCGCUUCACCAUAUACUGCAAGAAUGAGAAUUUUGUGGACAUUUUGAAAUUGUAUGAGUUAAUAUUGAAAAGACCAAUGUGUCAGAAAAAAGCGGACUUCUGUGUUUUUCCUGUCUAUUCUAACAUGGAAAUAGACAUCCAGUUUUCUCUGAAAAAGCUCCCGAAGGGACAAGUUCCAGUGAGGACAGAGUCAGCCGUGCUGGAGUUCAGAGUAAAAGACGUGGGGCAGCUUGUGCCUCUCUUGCCCAACCCUUGCAGCCCCAUCAGCGAAGGCAGGUGGCAGACAGAAGACCACGAUGGAAAUAGGAUCCUUUUGCAGCAAGCACACAGUUGGUGUAGGAAGUCUGCAAAGCAGAAGAAGCAACCAUAUCCAUCUGUGUCAACAGAUUCCCACUUCACCACUCUGCCAGCCUUUCUUCCUCAGAGCCACCGGUCUGUCUCUGAGCAGCCGCAAGAAACGGGUCAAAAAAAGGUGCAUCACACAAAUGGCCUUGGUCAUUAUCUUGGUUUCUCCCAGCAGGACUUGAGAGACAGUGAUCCAGGAGACUUCACACACAGAUCCAGGAGUGCCUCCAGCAUUUCUUGGUCAUUUCAACGAAGCAAAUCUCUGUUCUGCUUGCCCACAGUGAACUCCUCUUCAGCGCCAGAAACAUUUCAUUCCAGUGAACCAUUUCAGUUUUUAAACACUGGGUCACCUGCAACCAGGUUAAAAACAUGGAAAUGCAGCCCCAAGCUUAACAUUGAUGACUUGGAAGGUGCCCAAGAGACUGAUGUGGACACAGGGAUGAAGCUGUCCUUCUCAGACCUGUCUGUGGUUUCUGCAUACUCUGCCCUUAAUGGAUUUUGCAGUGAGUUGGAAGACUCUCUUCCAUCACAGAAACAAACUGUCAGUAGGGCCAAACAGGCAGCCACUGGUGGAAGGCCUAUAUCAGCCAUGUGCAAUACUUUUGAGUCAGUUGAUGGUUCACUGCCUUCUCUUUCAGAAUGGUCUUCCAGCUCUUUCAUGUCAGCAUCUCUCUCCAAGCAACACAAACAGCCCUUGAGAGCAGCUCCCUGUUCUCUGGAUGAUCAUGUUUGCCCAGCUUCACCAGUUAAUGAAGAAGAAUUUUACAUCUGAGGUUUCUCUAACUUACACCUUCCAGAAGAAAUGUGUUCUACUUGUGAAUGACAGCAGAGGGUCCACCCUGAGCUUACAGAAGGUUCCUUGCUGAGGAGAAGGUGAUGCAGAAGUGUGUCAAAUAUUUGAAGAAAAUACUCAGAACCAUCUGAGAUUGGCAUUCCCAAACUGGGUACAGUAAAGCAGUCUGAGAUUGCACCCUGUGUUUUUGUAGUGGAGGAUAUGAUCAGCACAGAGGCUUUUGCACAGCAGCACAAGGUGGAUGUUUUCUGACCAGCUCUUGGACUGAUGGUGGAGGAAAUGCCAGAAGAGGCACGUAGUAUUCCAUUUUAAUUUGGCAGAAAAUUAAGACUAAUUUGUAAACCAAACUGCUUUAACUUUUCUGAGAAAUUUCCUUAACUCAGGAAAGGUGGGAAAAUAAAGGGGUCUUACUUCUCUUUCACAGAUUCCAAAGGCAGCCCUAAGCACAGCAGGUCCCAGCAGCACAGCUCCAGUGGGGUCAGGAAAGAAGUUUUUUGUGACAAAGCAGUUUCCUUCCAAACUUUCAAGCUGGUAGUGGUGAGGUGGGGCAGAAUCAAACAAACAUCAAGGUUGGAAGAGGUCUUCAGGAUCAUCUAAGUCCAAGUGACAACCUAGCACUACUAUAAUCACCCCUAAACAAUAUCCCCAAGUGCCACAUCCUGUCACCUCUUAAAUACUUCUAGACACUGACCCUACCAAAUCCCUUGACAAUUUAUUCUAAGGUCUGACCACCCUUUCAUUGAAUAUUUUUUUCCUAAUAUCUAAUCUGAUCCUCCCCUGGUGCAAGUUAAGCCUGUUUGUUCUCAUCGUUGCACUCAAGAUAUGGCAGAGAGACCAACCCCCACUUCACUGCAACCUCUUCUCUGGUAGUUGUAGAGAUCAGUGAGGUAAUAACCCCUGAGCCUCCUUUCCUCCAAACUAAACAAUCCCAGUUCCCUCAGCUGUUCCUUAUCAGACUUUUGCUCCAAACAUUUCACCAGCUCCAUUGCCCUUCUCUGGACAUGCUCCAGCCCCUCAAUGUCCUUCCUGAAUUGAGGGGCCCAGAACUGAACACAAGGAUUCAAAAUGCAGCUUUCACCAGUGCCAAGGUGUCAGUCUCUGCCCUGGUCCUGCUGGCCAUGCCAUUCCUGAUACAGGCCAGGAUGCCAUUGGCCUUCUUGGCCACCUGGGCACAUGCUGGAUCAUGUUCAGCUGGCUAUUGACCAGCAUCCCCAGUUCUUUUCCAGACACUCUUCCCCCAGCCUGUUGCUAUGCAUAGGGUUGUUUUGGCCCAAGUGCAGGACCCAGCACUUGGUUCAGCAUACUGAGCUCCACAAGACUGUCCUCAGCCUAUUGAUCCAGCCUGUCACAAUCACUAUGGAGAGUCUUCCUGCCCUCCAGCAGAUCAACACUCCCAUCCAAUUUGGUGUCAUCUGUGAACUUACUGAGGAUGCACUCAAUCCACUCAUCCAAAUCAUCAAUGAAGACAUGAAACACAGCUGAGCCUUGGGGAACACCACCAGUCACCAGCAACUAGCUGGAUUUAGUUCCAUUCACCACCACUCUUUGGGCCUGGCCAUCCAGUCAGUUUUAUUGAGUUAAGAGUCCACCCAUCCAAGCCAUGAGCAACCAGUUUCUCUCAGACAGUGCUGUGGGAGACAGUUUCAAAUGCUUUCCUAAAGUCUGGGUAGACAACACCCACAGACUUUCUCUCACCCUCUGGGUGGAUCACCUUGUCAUAAAAGGAGAUCAGGUUGGUCAAGCAGGAUUUAUUUCUCAUAAACCCAUGCUGGCUGGGCCUGAGCCCUUGGUUGUCCUGUACAUGCCACAUUAUGGGACUCAGGAUGAUGUGCUCCAUGACUUUCCCCAGUGCCAAGGUCAGGCUGAUAGGCCUGUAGUUCCCCAGGUCAUCCUUCCAGCCCUUCUUGUAGAUGGGCAUCACAUUUGCUAAUUUCCUGUCAACUGGGAAACCAAAACUGCUGGAAAAGGGUUGAAAGGGGUUUGGUAAGAUCUUUUGCCAGCUCCCUCAAUGCUCGCAGGUGCAUCACAUCAGGGCACAUAGAUGUGUGUCUAACUGGGACAGAAGGUCAUUAACCCUUUCCUCACAGAUAAUGGGGACUUCACUCAGCUCCUCAUCCCUAACUUUCAGCUGUCAUUGCUGGGUAUGCUGGGGGCAGCUGGUUUUGGUGUUAAAUACUGAGGCAAAAAGGCAUUAGGUACCUCAGGAUUUUCUUCAUCCCUUGACACUGUGAUACCCUGUGCAUCCAGCAAAGAAUGGAGAUUCCUUAGCCCUCCUUUUGCUGCCAAUGUAUUUAUAGAAACUUCUUCAGAAGAAGUGUCACUCCUUCCCCAGAGAAGAGGAAAUUCCACUGUAUCAUUUGACAGACCAGAAUGCAGAAAGUGCCAAAAGGGAAACCUUAGAGAACAUUUUCAGCCCCCUCACCCAGAAAGCCCAUCCUGUUCAGCUAGGAGGGAGCCCUCUGGGCUGUUUUCUGAACCACUUGUAUAGACAGUGAUAACCUGAGUAAACCCUGUUUGCUAUUCCUAACUCAGGCAAUACACCUUACCUUUUUGGACUACAAACCACGAAAGAUAACACAGCAUUUUUAUAUAUUGCUACACCAUUAGACCCAAAUAAAAGACAGCUCCCUGCUUUUAAUGGGUUAUUACUUUUCCGUUUAAAAUAAUUAAUGCAGAAUCUUCUUCAUAUUUCCAGUGCAAGCAUUCUUCUUUCUGGAUAAAACUUAUUUCUUCUUGAAUACCUCUCCCCAAAGGGAAAACAAGUCAGAUUUUCUGGCUUUCAGAAGAUGUUUUUAAAAUGUGCAUUUUUGAUAACCUGUUUUGUUCCAAUUAAAAUGGUAUUUAAAAAGAAAAAAAAAAAAAGUAAGUGAAAAGCUGCUAAUAUGACAGCUAAAUACCUUCACCAGGAUUUAAGUCAUAUCAACAAAUUUUAUUAUGUGUAUUAUGAAAAGUUGUAUUUUUGGCUGACAAGUGUCACUGAUCACAGCUCUGGUUGAGCCACUGGGGAAAUUACGAUGUUAAAAGGUGUGUGUAUAAUGCUGGAUGUAACCUAUAUAUAGGUGUAAAUGCUGUAAAUGUAUCAUGAUGGCAUUGUGGUGCAUGGAAUAAAAAACUCAUUUUCAGAGAAAGAUAUUUGCUGUAUUGCCAGGUAAUUUUAAGCAAAAGAAUUUCUGCUUUGGAGGGGAAAAAAAAAAUGUGGAAAAGCACACCAUACUGUAAAUAAUAGUUACAAAAAGUGGAACCACUCCCCUGGCCUGUUUCAGUAAGUGCAUGGUUUUUACAAAUUAUGCUGGAAGAAAAUCUAGAGGAAAAUGAGUGCAGUUUUUAGGGGAGGAACCUGCAGCCUGAGUCCAGAAGAAACCAGAGGGAUAGACAAGGCUUUUUCUUCUGCUUUUAUUUUCUUCAUGCAGGAGAAAAGGCAACAAAAUGAAGUCUCCUCUCUAUAAGAUGCUGUCAUAGCAUUUACCAGGGGUAGACUUUAUCUUUUGCGCUAAAGACAAUGAAUAAAUAGGAAAGUCUAUUAAGGUAAAGAGCACAGAAGAGUAUCAGCCUUCUGCCCUCGAAAACUGUUUAGGCUUUCUGCAGUUCUGGGUAAACUGUUCUCUUUCUGGAACCAAAAAUAGCACCAAGGAGAAUUUGUCAUGGUGUGUUUACCUGCUCCGUGCUCCUUCAGACCCCACACAGUCUUUCCUCUGACUGUUGUGACCUUUAGAUCAAAUCCCUUCCUGGAACAUGUGAACCUGAUUUAUCUAAAGUUGUAUUCCCAUGUUAUUUUAUGUACCCUACCAAAAUAUAUAUAAAACACUAUGAAGUCAGACUAGCCACUUUUUCCAUCAGCUUGCAUUUCACCAUACAAACAGUGAUGCCUAGGACAGUCAGCAUCCACAGGUUUAAAUUUAUGCUUCAUCAUUUUCUGUCCAGAACCGUGGUAUUUUUCACAAUAUUUUAAUAAUACAGAAAACAUUUGAUCUGGACAUGAAAUAAAAAACGCAUUUGAGCUGAUGUAGCUGUCUGAUCCUGGCAUCGUGCCAACACUCCUGACAAAAAGCUGAUUGGGGUUUUUGAUGAAGAGGAAGCUCUGAACCAUUUUUCUGCUAAGCCAUGUCUCUGGAAGGAGUCCAUCACAUCUGGGGGCUGUUGCCUGCUGCAGCAGGAAGCACUGGUAUUGGAGGUCCACAGGGAAGCACAGGACAGCUCAAGUGUCAGUCAUGAAGUUUGUGUGUGUUAUUAACCAGCAGCUCCACAAGCGUCUCCGCUCCAGAUUUUGCCACAUUAAUCCUGAUGGGAAGAGAGCCAAAUGAGUGUCCACAGACUCUGUGUUUGUACUGUCCCCACUGGUUCUGUCUCUGUUCUGUUUACUGAUAUCUAACUAGAGAUUAAAGUUUUAAUUGUUUACAUUGAUGGUGCUUGUGACCAAAUCUUGUGAAAAAAUGAGUGUCCUACUGUCAGGAAAAACAGAGGUGAUAGAGUACAGAAAACUUUCUGUCUAUAUAAAGAUUAUGAAGUGUGUUUCACUGAAGGUAGGCUUCAUUAAUUCUCUUCCCAUUAUUUAAAAAGGGGCUCAUCUCUUCAGAGACUUGAAUAUGCACAAGUUUCAUGGCAUUUACUAUUGAUUUUGUUAAAUUAUCAACAGUGUAUUUUGAGAACUUCAGGUUUUUCCUAAACUUUCUCUCCUUCUCACCCCAGAAUGCACUGCUUUUGUGAAAUAAAAUAAAGAUGAAAAGUCAAUUAUA